UGAAACAAUUUUAGAUCACAGUUCAGAGCAAGUAUUUCACAACACAACAUCAAGUUAUCUAGCAAAAAAAUGUCUACUUGUUCAAUGUCAUUAUUCCUGUGUACAUUUUUACUCUCAUUCUAUAUCCUUAUUGUACCAGGACAAUCAGCAAGUAGUGAUAAAUAUAUUGAUAGUCAACAAAAACUUGAUAAUCGACAAGAUGGCGGUAUUGGAGGAAGUGGAAAUAUUCGACAAUUUGGAUCACACAGAAAUCUUCGAUCAGCGUUGUAUGGUUUUGGUCCAAGGAUGAUGCAGAUAUCUCGUUCGAAGAUUCCAAUUGAAUUGGAUUUGCUGGUUGAUAGUGAAAACGAUGGCGAAAGGACAAAGAGAUUUGAUGAUUACGGACACAUGAGAUUUGGAAAGCGUGGCGGAGAAGAUCAAUUCGAUGAUUACGGUCAUAUGAGAUUUGGACGUUAAGUUAUAGGACACACACACCUACACCAUCAUGCACUGAUCUAGCUAUAUGAGAGACUGAAGACGAUAACUUCUUUUUAAUUAAUAGAUACAAAAACAAAAAUAUUGUGAAUAAUUUAAUAAAUUAAAAAA